GUGGACCACUCUACCCUCCUGUCCUCCCUGGCAGCAACAGGGAUCCGCGGCACAGUCCUUGACUGGAUUGAGUCCUAUCUCUCUGACCGCUCCUUCCAGGUUGCCUGGGCGGGUCCCCGCCCGCAUCUCCGCUUGCCUGAGGGACAUACAGAGCUGGAUGGACAAUCACCACCUGAAGCUCAACCCGGGAAAGACAGAGCUAAUCUUUAUUCCUGCUCUAUCCUCUCCCCUCCUCGACUUUUCCAUUUCCUUAGGGGACACCGUAGUGACAUCAUCACCCUGCGCCAAGAAUCUCGGAGUGAUGAUGGACAACAGGCUGUCUCUCUCCAACAACAUUGCAGCAGUAACCCGGGCAUGCAGAUUUUUCCUAUACAACAUCCGCAGAAUCCGCCCCUUUCUCACCACCUACUCAACCCAGCUCCUGGUCCAAGCAAUGGUUCUAUCCCGCCUGGACUACUGCAACUCUCUUCUGGCUGGACUACCGGCAUCUGCCACCAGACCCCUGCAGCUCAUUCAGAAUGCUGCGGCUCGUCUGGUCUUCAACCUCCCCAGACACUCCCACGUAACUCCCCUGCUCACUACCCUCCACUGGCUGCCUGUUAUAGCUCGCAUCAAAUUCAAAACAUUGGUUCUAGCAUACCAGGCAGUCAAGGGAUCAGCCCCAGCAUACCUUCAAAAGAUAUUCAAACCCUACAUGCCAGCCAGAUCCCUCCGUUCUGCUACCUCAGGACGCCUAGCACCUCCCCCUCUUCGCACCUGCACUUCCAGAACACGUCUCCUCUCUGUUCUGGCCCCACGAUGGUGGAAUGACCUCCCUGUGGAGGUCAGAACAGCUGAGACUGUGACCCAUUUCAAACGACGACUGAAGACCCACCUCUUCAGGCUGCACCUCUCCCAUCCCUUCCCCCCCUGUAAAUGACUAAACUUAGGGUUGUAACUAGGCAGCUGUUUAAUAGGUGACUUAGUUGAUGCGCCAGUCUUAACGACUACUUGUAUUUUUAUUUAUUUUUAUUUUUCCAUAGAUUGCGUUGUUGCCGUUCUCGUUGUUAGUGUUAAUCAGUUUAACCACCAGGGUCCAGGUUGAACUAUGCGGUUGUUCCCUGUACUUGGACCGGUACUUCUCUCUAGGGGUUUCGUCAUACUUGUUCCUGGUUAUGGUUAUACACUUUGUUGUACGUCGCUCUGGAUAAGAGCGUCUGCCAAAUGCCUGUAAUGUAAUGUAAUGUA